UUCACUCCCUAUUAACCACCACCAGCUGCUUCUUCUGUUUCUCCAUCUUCACUGCUUCGUCACUUCUUAUUAAUGAACAUUCUUGAACUUCGUGGCCACACACUAACAAUGGCCGCGCUCUCCCAACUACUCUUCUUAGGUUCACUGUUGCUCGCUUUUAUUAUUGCCUCUGCCACCGCUGCGAAAUUCCCGGCAGUCAUUGUGUUCGGCGACUCCUCCGUGGAUUCCGGCAACAACAACCAGAUCUCCACCCUCCUCAAGAGCAACUUCGAGCCCUACGGCCGCGACUUCAUCGGAAAACGCCCCACCGGGAGGUUCAGCAACGGCCGGGUUCCGCCGGACUUGAUUUCCGAGGGUCUCGGCCUCCGCCCUUUCGUCCCGGCCUACCUUGAUCCUGCGUAUAAGAUUUCUGAUUUCGCUCAAGGCGUCUGCUUCGCCUCCGCCGGCACCGGAUACGACAAUGCCACCUCCGAUGUCCUCAAUGUGAUACCGCUAUGGAAGGAAGUGGAGUACUACAAGGAUUACCAGAAGAAGCUGCGAGCCUACGCCGGAGAAACGAAAGCGAAUCACAUAAUCCAGGAAUCUCUGUACGUGGUGAGCAUAGGAACAAACGAUUUCCUGGAAAAUUACUAUCUCGGGGGGCGGCGGUCGUCCCAAUACACGGUGGAGCAGUUCCAGGUGUUCUUGAUCGGGCAGGCGGAGAAAUUCGUGAGGGAGAUAUACGCGCUGGGUGCCCGGAAAAUCUCGCUGGGCGGGCUGCCGCCGAUGGGGUGUCUGCCAUUGGAGAGAACCACGAAUUACUUAGGCGGGCAUGGAGACGGGUGCAAUGAGGAGUACAACGGGGUUGCGCUGCAUUUUAACGGGCUGUUGAACGGCCUUGUCAAGAAGCUUAACAAGGAGCUUCCUGGGAUUAAAAUUCUUUACGCUGAUACUUACUUUGUCUUGCUUCAGAUCAUCAGAAAACCUUCUGCAUUUGGGUUUGAUGUGGCAUCAGUAGCUUGUUGCGGGACAGGGCUUUUUGAGAUGAGUUACUUGUGUGACCGGAUGAACAUGUUUACGUGCACGGAUGCAAAUAAGUAUGUAUUCUGGGAUUCCUUUCAUCUCACUGAGAAAACCAAUCGGAUAAUUGUUGAAUACUUGAUGAAAUAUCUCAUCCAUCUGUUUAACUAGUGGAUCGGAGUGCCUGGAUACUAUCCACCAUUUGUUUUGAUUACAACAAGGUUAAAUUUGCGUAUCGGAUUGAUCUUAGUGGUGGAAUACACUGAAUGUCAUAUGAAGGCUAUAUGUUUUCAACUAGUAUUGUUUUUUUUUUUUUUUGGUACUCUUUUUACAAAAGACUUGUACUUGAAAUGUAAUGUGCUUAUUAUUUUCUUGUUAUUUUACCAGUUCAUGGAUGUGGCUCCUCGUGUAUAUAAUACAAGAUUUGAUUGAUGGAUGGAUGCAAAAUAUUCGAUAUAAAUAACAUUUGAACA